AUGCGGGCGGUGCCGCCGGGGCCGGGGCUGUGGGUGCUGCUGGCGGCGGCGCUGGCGGCGGGGCGCUGCUCGGAGCUCCCCCAGCUCCGCGGGGCCGCGCUGCGGGACCUGGCCCGGGGCAAGGUGGAGACCUGCGGCGGCUGACGGCUGAACCGCCUCAGGGAGGUGAAGGCGUUCGUCACCCAGGACAUCCCGCUCUACCAUAACCUGGAGAUGAAACACCUGCCCGGUGCUGACCCCGAGCUCGUGCUCCUCAGCCACCGGUACGAGGAGCUGGAGAGAAUCCCCCUGAGUGACAUGACCCGGGAGGAGAUCAACCGGCUGGUGCAGGAGCUGGGCUUCUACCGCAAGGAGACGCCUGAUGCCCCCGUGCCCGAGGAGUUCCAGUUUGCCCCUGCCAAGCCUCUGCCCACACUGCCACCCCCCCAAGCAUCCACCACUGGCAUCAAGACCCCACUCAAACGUGACAAGGGAGAACACCCAGACCUCUAGUGAGGAGUGCUGCACUUGGGACAGGGUCCUGCAGCCAGUCCACAGCACAGGGAACAAGGGUGUUACAGCAGCUGGGGAUAGUGCUGUGGAGUGGCAGAGCUGCCCCCCUGCUCUUGCUCAGUGCUGCGUAGCCUCUGCCCCAAGGAUGCCCUGGGUAGCUCAAACUUUGAGCAGGGGCUUCCUGGGCACUGUGGGCAUCCCAAGGGUCCCAUGUGGUUGUCUUCCCAUGCCUGAAGCCCGUUAUCCCUGGCCAGUUGGGAGGAGCAGCAUCCCUUGCACUCCCUUGCUGUGCCCAGAGGUUUAGCUGCUCCCGGCAACUGGGCAGCAGUAUCCUACCUGCAUGGGACAGGAUGAAACCCUCAGCAGAAAGCGACAGGUGCUAAGGGUAGAUGUGCUGAGUCCCAAAGGUGGGAGAGCUGCCCCAGGGAGAGGGCUUUACCCCCCAGUAGGGUUAUCUUGUAUCCAGCACCUAGUAAAGCCUUUAUAUACA